AUGCGCGACAAAAUUGCCGAGCUCCUUAGCAAAUCUGUACGCGCGCCAGCGCAUACGGCCAAUACGGAAAAAUUGCGGAAUGGCAGUGUUUCUCCUGUUUUCUUCUCAGAUGAAGGGAGCGCACGCGAAGGCGGAUUGGUAUGGCGCGGGUGUUCCGCCGGCUGCGACGCCGAAGACGGCACGACGGGAACUCUCACCGACGGAAACGCCAACCCAGGAGACAAGUUGGAGGGGUCGGGCGCAGCUCCGGACGACCCUGUUCACCUCAAGAGACGGGUGGGACUCUUCAGUGGGGUGGCUCUAAUCGUCGGAACUAUGAUUGGAUCUGGUAUAUUCGUCUCGCCCUCUGGGCUUCUGGAGCGCACUGGCUCAGUGGGCAUAAGCUUCAUAAUAUGGAUGUCUUGUGGCCUACUCUCAUUGCUUGGAGCGCUCGCAUAUGCUGAAUUGGGGACAAUGAACACGUCAUCCGGUGCUGAGUAUGCAUAUUUUAUGGACGCAUUUGGAGGGCCACCCGCAUUUUUGUUUUCAUGGGUAUCCACGCUGGUUCUGAAGCCCUCGCAAAUGGCGAUUAUUUGCCUGAGUUUUGCGAAAUAUGCGGUCGAGCCGUUCGUCUCAGAAUGCGAACCCCCGGACACACUCGUAAAACUUGUGGCUGUUAUUGCUAUAGUGAUGAUAUUGGCUGUAAACUGCUAUAGCGUGAACUUAGCGACAAAUGUGCAAAACAUCUUUACAGCGGCAAAGUUAGUGGCCAUAGCAAUCAUCGUUUGUGGAGGAGCUUACAAACUCAUACAAGGUAAUACGCGACAUUUACAGGAGCCCAACUUCGCCAGUAGUACGGCGACUCUGGGCAACAUUGCCACCGCAUUCUACACCGGCCUUUGGGCCUAUGACGGUUGGAACAAUCUCAACUAUGUUACUGAAGAAAUAAAAAAUCCAUCCAAGAACCUACCGUUGAGCAUCAUAAUCGGUAUCCCACUGGUGACACUAUGCUACGCGCUUGUAAACGUAUCAUACUUGGCCGUGAUGUCGGUCAGUGAGAUGACGGAUAGUGAGGCCGUAGCAGUUACUUUCGGCAAUCGACUGCUGGGCCCUAUGGCUUGGCUAAUGCCUUUGGCCGUCACUAUAUCCACUUUUGGCUCGGCAAACGGCACUUUGUUUGUGGCAGGAAGGUUGUGUUUCGCAGCAUCCCGUGAAGGUCAUCUAUUAGAUAUACUAUCGUAUGUGCAUGUGCGCCGCUUUACACCCGCGCCUGGACUGAUUUUCCAUUCUCUGAUUGCGGUCGCAAUGGUGCUAUAUGGUACCAUAGACUCUCUGAUUGACUUCUUCUCAUUCACUGCGUGGAUAUUCUACGGAGGUGCUAUGUUGGCACUUAUCGUUAUGAGGAAGACAAAGCCACAUGCGCCCAGGCCUUACAAGGUGCCAAUUAUUAUCCCAUACAUUGUACUAAUAGUAUCGACAUACCUCGUGGUAGCCCCAAUCAUAGACAAACCGCAAUGGGAGUAUCUGUAUGCGACUGGAUUUAUCUUUGGCGGUCUACUUGUUUAUAUCCCCUUUGUGAAAUGGGGGUAUUCUCUGCCAUUUAUGGACAAGAUAACGGUGUUUCUACAGAUGGUAAUGGAAGUAGUGCCGACAUCGACAACUUUCGAAUACUAG